AUUAAUUUCAUGUGGUAGGAGCGAUAUGUGGCCAAUGUGGCACGAGCGGAGAAGGAGCAGCGGUAGCCGUGCUGACUGCUGACGUGGGAGUGUUGUGUUGACAGGCGGUGGCCCAGCGGUGCUGUCUGACAGUGUAUUAUAUGGACCAAUCAUGGGGGAAGAGCAGGUGCCUUCGGGUCUUGUGGAUGCUGUCGGCAGCCUCAAAGAAGCACUGAAGGCUGGCCGCACUGACAUAUUCCGGAAAUUGUUAGAUGCAUGCCAGACAGAAAGCUAUGGAGGUGGACCUGAAGCAAGAAAGCAACUCAUAAAUAGUUUAGCCACUGAGGAUGGAACUUUUUUGCACAUGGCCACCAAGCUGGGUCGAGGUGACAUAGUGCGUGCCCUACUUGCUGCUGGAGCAGAUCCUGGAGUGCAGGACACUGGAGGCAACACUCCUUUGCAGCUGGCUCCUUCCCCAGCCAUCACUGCAAUAUUCACGGAAGAAUUGCUCAGGGCCACUGCACAGUCAGACGUUGGAAGAGUUUGCCAGUUGGUGGCAGCUGGUCUGAACAUCAACUCCCAUGAUAACCCACUGAGUCGCAACACUCCUCUGCACUGGGCUGCUUCCUUUGCUGAUCCAGAUACUCUUGUUUGCCUCAUAGCUCGUGGUGGUGAUGUAAAUGCUGCCAACAGUGACGGAGCAACACCUUUGCAUGAUGCUGUGGCUCGGGGAGAUGAGUCCAUAGUGAAAAUCCUGCUACAGCAUCAAGCCAAUCCUUAUAUUCAGUGCUACAAAGGCCGUCAUAAAGGAAAAACUGCCUCAGAGAUGGCGUCUAAAAAACAUAAUCUCCAGGCCCUUGUAGAGGAGCACACUGCCAUGAACAAACCAGUGCAAGUUAAUGGUAUGAGUAAUGGAAGUGUAUCUCCACUGCUAAAACGUUGCUCUAUAUCAAAUAGAGAUCUUGGGCUUUCUCGAGGGGCCUCAGGGUCUUUGGAAUCUCUUACAAGUUUGGGUGCUGACAGUGUAAUGACUGGACUAGAGGGGAUCAGUGCCUCAGAGCCGCAGAACCUCAGACAGAAUUCAGUUAAUUCCCCUGAACCUCGCUCCCCAUUGCAGUCCUCGUCAUCCUUAGAACUUAGCCCAGGGAUGGAACAAGUAUGUGAACGACUGGCAUCAACCCAACUUACAGGACCCCCACGUCCUCUUGUCACCCAUCCCUCACUUCAUCUGUUAUGGCCUCAACCUCGCCGCAUCACUGAGCUGAAUGGUGCUGCCUGGUCUCCACCCUCUCAUGGUACACUAGCUGUUGUGACUGGUGCUAUUCCUGUGCAUAAGAUUGUGGAUGUUUGGGAUAUUCACAAAAUCUGGCUAGAAGAGGUUGACUGCCAGGUAUCCUUGGGGACUGUGGUGGGUGUCCGUGACCCUCCUACUCAGCACACCUUCACCUGUAUAGUGGAUUCAGCUCUCACCUCUCAUCCCCAUCAGUAUACCCUCACUGUACAAGACAAUAAGGUAACAAUGGUAUGUGGAUCAUUAGAGAGCUUGCACAGUGCCUUAGUGACCCUAGUACAACUACUGCGAGUAUGUACAACAACCACUGAUGGAAGCGAGAAGUGCAGCGUCCCUCCAGUCGUCAUAACAGACCAGCCUUCCCUUGUGCACCGAGGUGUUCUGAUGGACCUCUCUCCUCAUGCCCGUGUUCCCAUUUUGGAACGUGUAUGUCAGAUGGUGGACUCUCUGCUGGCUCUGAAAAUGAACCAGUUACAUCUUUUGUUCAAACUAACACCUACAGCCUGCAGCCAACCAUAUUCUCCUAGUGAAAUUGUAUCAUUAGACCGAUACUGUAGUGACAGAGGAAUCACUUUGGUCCCUGCUUUUGACAUUGAGGAUACUGUUACCACCGGCCAAGUGAGCAGUCUGACAGGUGUGAUCACUGCCACUCUCACCCACUUUCCUUCUGCAAGAUAUGUUCAUAUUGGUCCAAGAUUGACAGCAGUUUUAGCAGAUGCAAGUACCUUAGAAAACUCAUACAGUCCUUGGAGCCAUCUGGGUCUUACUCAAUCAACAGUACUCCUGGUCUGUGCCAAUGUUUUUCAUAACAAGAGAAAGCAUCUAGCACACCUUCCUCCUAGUGCUAUUUUGGUGGAAUAUGGCUUUCAGGCUGACUAUGAUUUUUCCUGUGGUGUUCAUCUUGCUGUAGAGACAGGACGUCCAUUGGCAGUGUGUCCUGGGACAGCAGCAUGGAGCAGCCUCAGUGGGUGGCCAGAAGCUGGAGUGAGUAAUGUAUAUAGUGGUGUGGUGGGAGGAGUGGAUGGAGGAGCUGUGGGAGUGGUGGUAGCCCACUGGUCCAGCAGUGCUGCUCUGACACCAUUUGUUUUUGCUUGGCCACCCAUACUUGUAGCUGCUGGACUGUCAUGGAACCACAACACACACUGGGACUAUGUGCAUUCAUCUGUGGGUGCCCUAGUGGACACUCACCUGGUGCGAGUACAAGGGUGUGGUCUUGGGGCAGCUCUGGUUGAGCUUGGUCGCUGUGAGACUUGGCUUACACGGAUGUCUCGAGGGCAGUCACCCUCAGAUGUUACUGACUUACCAUCUUCAUCUCCUGGCUCAGCUCUCUAUCAGCUCUUGGCAGAUCCAGAUUCUCUUCCCCUAGAUAAUCUCACAACUGAUGUUUUCACUAGUGUGAUGCGUCAUGUAAGGCGAGCCUUGCGGGAAGGUGGCACUGGAGAACCACAAGGUGUUAGUCUGGCUUCUGCAGCCUCCCCAUGGCCACUCUCCACCCUGAUGGUGUUGGAACUCCAUUUGGCUAUGGAUAUGAUCCUCACUGCCUGCAGGUUGGGAAGAUCAUUAGUGUCAGUGGGCACCAAUCCACGUAGUAAUAUGGGAGUGGCUGUUGUUAACCCUGGAGUGGGCAACUUACCUGCUACUCUGCGUACUGAUCUAGCCAACAAGGUCUUAUCUGUAAGAGAAGUGUACAGUUCUGUGUGGAUACAAGGCCAACAGGCAGCAGGCCUUCAGUCAUCAUUGUUGGUCCUCACAUCUCUUCUGGCACGCCUCCUGCCAGACCACUCUCUUCCCACCUCCUAAACAAUGACUUUUGUUCCAAUGUUUAGUAUAUUUAUGUAAAGGUUCUUGUUUACAAGUAUAUGCUGUUCUGAAGAAACAUUGUAUCAAAAUAGAUCAUAUUUGGUAGCUGUGAACACAGAUUCAUCCUGGAAUUAACUAAGAACCAAACUGAAGAUAAUGUCAUACAUACUUUCUUGAAAGCUUAUUAUUUGCUGCUUUUGUCUGUGGAAAGCAUUUAAAAAAUAUUUGAAGUCCACAAUUUACCAUCAGUUAUAUAUAUUUCAUAUACAAAUUUUGAAUUGGUUUAAUGCAUGUUAUUGUCAUCAUAAACUGUAGGUUACUGGUAAUUAAUUAUUUUUGUUAAGGACAAAUGGAAAACAUGCAUAAUCUGCUGUUCUUCUUCCACACCCAAAAAUAGUGUGGCAUCAUCAUGAGAUGUAUGCAUUUAAUAAUAGUUUACAUAUAAAUAACUCGCUGAAGAUUA